AUGUCAAGUGGAAAUGAGCAGAAAUCACAGACUCUGACCAAACCCACUUUCACUGAGGCACAAGCCACUGCACUAGUGGAAUCAGUGUUUGGGCUAAAAGUGUCCAAGAUCCGGCCCCUUCCUAGCUAUGAUGACCAAAAUUUUCAUGUGAGCGUUUCAAGAGCCAACGAUACUCUGGAGGGUCCAAUGGAUUAUGUCCUCAAAAUCAACAACACUGAGGCCAGCAAAACUCCAGAAUUGGUUGAGGUGCAGAGCUCCAUCAUCAUGUUUCUGAGUGCUUCUGGAUUCCCAACUGCCUCAGUGUGCUGUACUAAAAGAGACAGCAUAACCUCACUCAUGUCUGUAGAUCAUGGCUCUGAAACCAAGAGCUACUUGGUGAGGCUGCUGACUUUCCUCCCAGGAAGACCCAUAGCUGAGAUCCCCAUGAGCCAGCAGCUACUGUAUGAAAUUGGAAGGCUUGCUGCCACAUUGGAUAAAACACUGGAGAAAUUCCAGCAUCCAAAGCUAAGUAGUCUCCAUCGGGAGAACUUCAUCUGGAAUCUGAGAAACGUUCCUCUUUUGGAGAACUAUCUGUAUGCCUUGGGGCAGGAUCAAAAUCGAGAGAUUGUGGAGCAGGUCAUCCAGAUGUUCAGGAAUCAAAUAACAGCCAAGUUAAGUCAGUUUCGAACUUGUAUCAAUCAUGGAGACCUUAACGACCAUAACAUCUUGGUAGAGGCCAACAAGUCAGCCUCUGGAGAUGCUGUGUACCAAGUGUCUGGGAUUCUAGAUUUCGACGACAUGAGCUAUGGCUACUAUGUAUUUGAGGUGGCAAUCACCAUCAUGUACAUGAUGAUUGAGAGUAAGGAUCCUAUUCAAGUGGGAGGUCAUGUUCUGGCAGGAUUUGAAAGCAUCAUUCCACUGACAGAUAUAGAGAGAAAUGCUUUGUAUCUGCUUGUAUGUGGUCGUUUUUGUCAAUCACUUGUCAUGGCUGCAUAUUCUUGCCAACUACAGCCAGAGAACAAAGAAUAUCUCAUGAUUACUGCAAAAACUGGGUGGAAGCACUUACAGCAGAUGUUUGACAUGGGCCAGAAAGCAGUAGAAGAAAUCUGGUUUGAAACUGCUAAGACUUACAAAUCUUAGGUCUCCAUGUAACUAGAUAAAAAUUCACAUGAGAGGGUCAGAGAAAUAGUACAGCAGGUAGGGCACUUGCCUUGCAUGCAGCUGAUCCAAAUUUGAUCCCUGGCAUCCUAUAUGAUUCCCUGAGUCCUCAAGGAGUGAUUCCUGAGUGCAGAGCCAGGAGU